AUGCGAGUUCCAAGUAGUUCUUCAGCACUACGACGCUUCCGGCUCCUGGUUCGAGCCCCCUCGUUUAUCUUCGCUGAAGUAGGUUCUCAGUGCGGCUGCAAGGGUCUUUCUCGCCUCUUCGAAACAAGGCGGGCUGCCGCUAGUGUAGGGCACUCUUCUUCCCCCACCUUUUCCACAUUUUGCAGGGAUCAUCGCCUGCGAGGGCGCUCGCGACGGGGCGUCGCUUUUACCAAUCUCACCGCACCCCAUCGCCGUCUAUCAACCGUGCAGCUGGAGGAUGAGGAUACGACUUGGGCGCGCGCCAUGGCGGAGUACUACGGCCCGGGCAACUAUCAACUCUUCCGGCCGUUGUAUAAAGAUCUUUGCGAUGAGAUUCGGAAUGAAUUCGGUACGAAGCCCCCGCCCCCACUGCUGCCGGUGGUUUCUCUCCCGAAGCCCUCUUCGGUGUCUGCUCAAGGCGGCAACCACGGCACCAGUGCGAACAAUCGGAGCACCGAAAAAGGGGGGGAGGGUCUUCUCCGCAAAGAAACCCCCGAGGAGGGUUGUGUGGGGAUUAAACGAGGGCAAGAAACGAGCGGCGCUUCCCUCGAGGGGGCAGGGGAGGAGGGAGGGUCGAAUCCCCCACGUGUGGAGGAGGCUCCUGUCUACGGCGAUGGCAGCUGGUCGGUCGCGUACGAUCCCGGCAACAAUGUCGUUACCUUUCGCCGCGAUGCGAUCGAGGAAACGCGGCAGGGGCGCAUCGUCGUCUACGCGCCGGUCGAGAUCAAGGACCCACCCAAAUUGAACGCGAUCCUAACCUUUGUGGAUUGGUACCCCUUCGAGGUGCUUCUCAUGCGGAAAGGCGUGAUUCUACACUUUUCGGUUGCGUGCAAUGAGGGGGGCAUGCAUCUGAGGAACGUCCGCGCGUACGACGCGGCGGCGUCGCCUUUGUUGAUGGAAAGCACCGAUGACGCCGAAUGGGUGCGGCGGAAUUUAUUUUACGACGGCCCCUGCCUAUGGCAUCUGGAGCUUGAUUUUCAUAACGAGCUGUAUGACAUCAUGCAGGAUCAUGGGGUGGAUUUAGAUUGGGUGCGGUGGGCGUCGCGGUGGGUGUUCUACCUUGAGCACGUCAACUACACGCGGUGGAAUCUUGGGAUGCUGGAGGAGCUGAUUCCGAGCGACCUACGUGGUCCAGAGGAGGAUUUCUUGCUGGAUAAGGAGAGGGCCGCCCUGGAGGAGCCGGUUGAAGAAUCUUUAUCUGGGCGUGGACUAUAA